CAUUUGUCGGCUGUCUUGUCGCCAACCUCAACUCAACUAACUUUGCUUCUUCUUCCUCCUUUGAAUUUUAGAGAGAGAGAAAUCCAUCUGAAUUUUAGAGAGAGAAGAGAAGAAAGAGAGAUGUCAAUGGGUGUGGGAGAAACACAGAAAUAUGGUGAUCCAUCAUAUUGGGAUAAAAGAUACAAACAAGAUAAAACCCCUUUUGAUUGGUACCAAAAUUACUCUUCUUUAGUUCCUCUUUUUCAUCUUUACCUUUCUCCUCCUCAUCGCCGUGUUCUUGUCGUCGGUUGCGGUAACUCUUCAUUUAGUGAAAAAAUGGCAGCUGAUGGAUAUGAGGAUAUUGUCAACAUUGAUAUAUCUUCUGUCGUGAUUGAAGAGAUGCAGAAAAAAUACUCUGACCACCCACAACUUAAGUACAUUACUAUGGAUGUUCUAAAAAUGGACACCCUCGAAACAGGCUCUUUUGAUGCAGUAAUUGACAAAGGAACACUUGAUACUAUUCUGUGUGGAAACAACUCAAAACCAAACUCCGCUAAAAUGCUUGAGGAAGUUGGGCGGGUUCUCAAGGAUAAAGGGGUUUAUAUACUGGUUACAUAUGGAGCACCCUCAUACCGCUUAUGUUAUCUGAAGAAUUCAUGCAAGUGGAAGAUAAAGCUCCAUGUGAUAGAAAAAACAAUUCCUGGAGUGAAAGAGGAAAAACAGAUAUGGGAGCUUACAAAACCUAUUCCCCUAAAUCAGAAGGGGAAAAACUUGGAAGAUUUCAUUGGGGCCAGCCCAGAUGUUCAUUACGUAUAUGUUUGUAUUAAAAAUGAUUCUUUGGAACAUGGACAAUUUGACGAGUCAGUAGAUGGGUGUAUUAAAGAUGAUUCUUUGGAACAUGGGCAAUUAGACGAGUCAGUAAAUGGGUGAUACAAUCUUUGUGCUCAGUCUGGAGCGCUUCAGCUAUAAUCUAGUACUGUACGGCAGCAUACAGUUCUACCUGUUAUGUACUAUCUGCCUGACUGAUGUGUUGCAAGAAAUAGAGCUAGAAACAGCUGAGAUUAUCUAUGUUGUUAGAGAUUUGCAGCUGAUUUUGGUAUCUUUUCUGAUGAUUUAUAUGUCGAAUUUCAUAUGCAUAUAUUGAAUUCGUAUAUAGAGAAGAGAGGACCUCCACAGACUUAGAUGAGAGUGAAGCUGAAUACUUGUAUGAAUUAUUGACUCAUGUUAUAUUGUAUUAUCAUAUUUAUAAAGGCUUGGCAGAUUUUGUAUUGCAGGUCUA